CAAUGGAAGCUACUGGAAUGAAGACUUACGAUGAAGUUGCUGUGAGAAAGAACAAGCAGAAUAUUAUUUGGCUGAGUAUUGCGUUCUCCUUCAUCUAUUUCGGCAUUAACACCUAUAAGAAUUUCGCUGUUCCAUUGUUAGGAAAUCUGGGUGCUAUUUGCCUGGGAACCCUGUACACGGUGUCUGCUCUUGGCAACUUUAUCGUUCCAGUAAUUCUGUACCUCUCGGGAAGUGUGAAGGGAUGUCUUAUCGUAUCCAGCUUCGUCAUGGUGCUCUACAUUUUGCAGUAUGCAUACCUGAUACCCUGGUUUGCUCUCGUAAUGUGCUUUGUCACAGGCAUCUUCUUCUCGCUUUCGUGGUCUUCGGAGAGUAUUCUCCUCGCCCAGAAUAGCGUGGACGAGAACAUCUCUGCCAAUAGCAACAUGUUCUACGGCAUCUUCAUGAUUGGCAAUGUGUUCGGUAACACAUUCGGCUACGUCCUUCUGGACCUUGUCGGAUUGGAUCUGUCCAAUCGAGGCGAUGGCUGGAAUGGUGGCAUCUCCUGGUUGUUCAUCGGUCUGAGUGUCUCAGCUCUUAUCGGUAGCUUUCUGAUGUUCUUCGUCAGAAAGACCCUACCUACUUCGCCUGCUAAGAAGGUGGAAGUUGUGGCGACGGAACCACAGGCUGAGAAACCCGCCGAUUCUCCCGAGAAGAAGCCCUGGAAGAUGAUCUGGCAGAAGGUGGUAGCCGUGCUUCGCUGCCUCGGCCAGCCUCGCAUGCUCCUCCUCAUCAUGCUUUUCCUCAAUAAUGGAUACGCGCAGCUCGUCGUGUCCUCCCAGAUCACGCGGCAGAUCGUCAAUGUGAAGAUGGUGGGGCUCGCCAUGGCUCUCUUCGCCGUCGUGGAGGUCAUCACCACCGCUAUCUCGUGGAAGCUCGCGGAUCGAGUCGGCAAUGUGGUCAUGCUGGGCAUUGCCGUGGCCGCCGAGAUUCUAGGCGCGGCGAGUGCGCUGUACAUGAACGUCCAUCAGGGCGGCUGGAUCUUCCUGCCGACGGCGUUCUUCGCGGUGAUGGACACCAUCUACCAGACGGAGUGCGUGUCGUUGGUGGGCAAGUAUUUCCGCAGCGAGCUGGAGGAGGCGUCCGCGACGUAUAGAUUCAUUCAGGGACUCGGAAGCUCGCUGAGUUCGUUCGUUACGCCGCUGUUUGUGACCGGGAAUGCGAAUGCGUCCACGCAGGCUCAGCUGACGUGCGAAAUGGGGGUCGCGGUGCUCCUGGCGGUCGUUUCCUAUCUUCUGGUGUGUCUGUUUGUGAAGAUCUAUGGAAAGAAACGCCCGAACUAA